AUGAACAUAACAUUAAUCAUUGUAUAUUUAUUGCAAAAUACUAAUAUGAAACUAGCAAAUUGGAAUGAAAUUUUAAAUCUCCAUUUGAAAAAAAAUAAUACAAAAGAUCCGAGCGCAUAUGAAAGAAGUAUUAUUAUCAACUAUAAAAAUGAUAACAUCAAAUCAAUAACACUUUAUGAUUUACAUGAAUUAAAAAUAUAUCUAUAUUUUAAUGACAUAAAAUAUAUUAUAUAUAAAAUAAAGGAAGUAGAAAAAUUAGAAAAAUGCUUGAACCAAAUUGAAAACAGAUGGAAACAUGAAUCACUAAAACUUAUAAAAUUUAAUGAUUAUUUAAUAUUGGACAAUAACAAUAACAAAAAUAUUUUUAAAAAUAUUAAAAAGACAUUUGAAGAAUUACAUUUAAUGAGAGGUUUAAAUUUCGCUUCUGAUUUAAUACCAAAAAUAAAUAAUUUAGAAAAUAAACUCCUUUUUAUAUAUGAACUCUUGGUUUUAUGGAUGCUAAUACAAGAAGCCUGGAUAAAAUUGGAAAGAUUCUAUAAUAAGGAAAAUUUCAAUAAUUUAAAUACCUUUAAUGACGAAUUUAAAAAUUUUGAUCAAAUAAAUAAAACAUAUUAUGAAAUAAUGAAAAAUACUAAAAAAAAUCUAGAUUUAUAUCGAAAUUGCAAUACUAAAUUUUUUUAUUUUCUUAAAAAUUAUUAUGAUCGUUUAUUAUUUCUGUCUAAUAAAGCAAUAACCAUUUUACAAGAAAAAAAAUUUAACUUUCCAGAUUUCUUUUUUCUAACAGAAGAACAGCUAUUUGAUCUUUUAUCUAAUACCCAAAUACAGAAUUUAAAAAAAUAUUGCUUUAUAAUUUAUGAAGAAAUGUCCUCUUUCAAUGAUGUUGAUAAAAUUAUAAUUGAAAUUGUUACUACAAAAGGAAAUGUUCUUGUUUUAAAAAAUGGAGUCAAAAUAACAGGAAUAGACACAUAUGCUAUAUUGAAAGAUAAAAUAAAAAUUACCUUGAAGGAAAAUAUUAUUACAAACUUGAAUAAUUACUAUACUACUAACAAGAUAAUCCCAAUAAUCAAAAAUAAUAUAUCAGUUGUUUCGAAUAUUAUAAUAAAGAUCCUAUUAAGUGAAGAAAUAAAAAAUAUUAUACAGAAAAAGUCAAUCGAAUAUACAAAUCAAGUCUUGAAUAAAUUCAUCGAACUGUGCAACGAUAUUAUAAAAGAAUUAAAAUGUGAAAAAGACACAAAUAUUAUGAAAAUAGAACAAUCCUUAACUAUUUAUUUAGAAUUUGUACAUAUAUUAAAAAAAAUUAUUCAAGAAAAUAUAUUUGAUGAAAAUUCCUUUUUUCUAUAUUAUCAAUUUUUAUAUUUUCUCAACAAAAAUAAUGAUCAUAUUACAGUCAAAUACGGAAACUAUGCAUUCAAAUACAAUUAUGACAUAUUGGAGAGCAACAACCUAUAUGUAAAUUUCCUCCCAAAUAAUAAAUACAUUUAUUCAAUAUGCUCAAAUAUAUACAAUUCAAACUAUAAUAUUGUAUCUGGGACUAACAAGACAUCAACAAUUAAAUAUAUAACAUCAACAUUAGGUUUACGAACAUAUGUAAUUCAAAGAAAUAUAAAUAACAUAAAAGAUUACAUAUUAGGAUCUAUUCAUCUAGGAUACGCCUUAAUUUUGCAAAACGUUGAUGAAAUAAAAGUAGAGAUAUUAUCUGUAUUGACAAACACUUUUCGAUCUAUACAAACAUGUUUAAAAAAUAAAGAAAAAAACAUAUAUAUAUUUAAUAGAGAUGUUAUUUUUAACAACAAAUUCGUUUUAUUUUUUGUCACUAAAUCGCCAAGACACAAUAGUAUCCCAACGAACUUAAGAAAUUUGUGUAAAGAGACAAUCAUAUAUAACUAUCAAAUAGUAGAAAUUGUUGAAAUAUUAUUAUACGUAAAUAAUUUCCCAAACACUAAAACACUUUCUAUACAAAUUUGUAAUUUUGUUGAUUAUAUUAAUUUUGUUUAUUUCAAUCAAGAAAAUGAUACAUUAAAUGAAAUAAUUAAUAUCAUCAAUUUAUGUAAAAAAUCAAAUAACGGUUGUAAAACAGAAGAGUUGUUAGGACAAAAUUCCUUUAUAUAUUACUAUGAUAAAUUAAAAAAUGUUAAACAAAAUAUAAUUCAAGAUUUGAUAAAAAAAAUUCUUAACAUUGAUUUAACUAUUACGUUUGACAUGGAGAAUAAAAAAAGCCAAUUAAAACAAAUACUACAACAAGAAAGGAUUCAUUUAAAAGAUAAAUUUCUAAAUGAAUAUGAAAAAAAUUUAUAUAUAAUGAAAGAAAAACUUGAUGAUCAAUUUUUAUCAUUGGUAUUUGGAAGACCCUAUAGUGGAAAAUCGACGCUACUUAAAAUUUACAACAAUCUAUACAAUUCAAAUUUCUCCUUUGUUUAUUUGGAUUCGUUAUAUGAUUCACAGCAAAAUUUAAAUGAAAAAUUCAUAUACGAUUUAAUAAAAAAGAAACAAAAGAAAUAUAAUGAAUAUACAUUUAUAAUGAAGAUCAAUUAUAUGACCCCUAUUAUUUAUGAUUUUUUAUCCACCAAAAAUUUAUUGUACUCAAAUAAUAUGAACAACCAAAUUAACUCUGAAAAAAAAAUUAAAAUAAUCAUAGAGUGUAAUAAUAUUUCCUUCCUAGAUCCAUAUUUGUUAAAAAAAAUUAACAAAAUAUAUAUAAAUAAUGAUUUUAAUAUAUAUAAUUAUUUUAAAAAUCAAUGCUCCAAAUUAAUAGACAAUAUUCUCGAUUUUAAUAUUUUUUUUGAAUUGGGAUCAGAUGAUAAACAGAUGUCUAUAAAUUACAAAAAUAAUUAUGACGAGAAAAAAAAAAUUCUUUUAGAACUGUAUGAUAAAUUAAAACAAUUUUAUAAGGAUUUUUUUCUACCUAUUUUUAACUAUAUAGAAAAAAAAAAGGGAAAUAAUUUUAAUAUAGAUUAUUUUUAUUAUAAUAAAGAUAAUGAUAUAAAAAAUAUCAACAUGGGAGACAUUUAUUUUACACAAUCAUCUUUGUUUCAUAUAAAUAUGGAUGAAAAAAUGAUCAUAAAUAAUUUUAUGGAUAUAUUUAAAAGUCAAAUUUUAUUUUAUUUAAAAGAAAGAGAACCAUACAACGAUUUUACACCUGACCAAACUAAUACACUUUCUAAUUUAAUUUCUCAUUCUAAUAAAUCAAAUAUUUUAGAUAACAGUAAAGUUAAUUUAGAAAAAAUUAAUAGUAUCAUAAAAAAAGAAAAUUCAAUUUUAUCCCCUAUAGACGAAUCUAAUGAAGAAUAUGACUUAGAUGUUUUAGACAAAAGUUAUAUUGAAAAUGUAUGUAUAACACAAGCUGAAAGAGAAAAUAAUAUACAAAUCGAAAUAUCCAGCAAAAAAGAAAUUUCUAAAAUAUCGACCAUACAAAAUAAGUCUAUCUUUAUAUUAAUAAGUUCUAUUUCCAUUCUAUUUAAUAAUCUACUAAUUGAUGACGAAAAAAAAUUAUUCUUUUCAUUUUUUAAAAAAUUAAUUAUAUCUAAUGGAAUAAAUAUUGAUACAAAUUUAGAAAAUUUUAUAUAUCAUAUACAGAGUAACAAAUGGCUUCCACUUAAUUCCCUUUUUAAUCUACAAAAGGAUUCCAACAUUGACGACAAAAAUAUAACAUUUUAUGAUGACGAAAUGAAGAAACAAAUAAAUUCUAUUAGUCUAUUAUAUAAAGGGGAAUCGAAUAUAUGCCUCAUAGGAAAUCGAAAAAAUUCCAAGACAGCCAUCUUAAACGAAAUUGUUAAUAGUCAUAAAAAAAUUGACCACCUUAAAAUAGACAUACUCAAAUAUUCAAACGUUCUCAGUUUCACAAUGUUACAUGAAAAAUUAAUAAAAAAAAAUAUCAAGAAAUAUUUCCAUUCUUCCGUUUUUUACAUAUGCAUAGAUGAUGUUCACAUUAACUAUGACAAAUUUAAUAACCCAUCAAUAGAAUUUCUUCAAAAUUUACAAAGAAAAUUAUGUUAUUUUGAAAACAAAACUAUUAACAUUGAAAAUAUAAAGAGUAUUGUUUCACUAGAUUUUGAUCACAUUAAGAACAAUAAUUAUUAUGAGUAUGUUUCAUAUUACCAUUCCUAUUUCUUUUUAAAUACUAACAAAAAAUCCUUAAUUAAUUAUUUUAAUGCCUUGACAAGCCAUUCCUUAAAUAACAAUUUUAAGAGCAUACAUACAAAAAUGGUAAAUUAUAGUAUAGACCUAUUCUGGAAAAUUCAUGAAGAGAUUAAUUUUAAGACUCAAAAAGAAAAUAAUAUACUUUUUACAAAAGAAAGUAUUUUUUUGCUAUAUCAAGAUUUUUUUCAUACUAAAUAUAAUUUUCAAAACGAACACGACAUAAUUCAAACAUUUUGCGAACACGCCGAAAAUAUGAUUUUAAAUAGGAUACUGAAAAAGGAGUAUAAAAAAGACAUAAUGAAUAUAAUAAAAAAUAUUGAAAAUAAACAUUUCCCAAACAUAACCAGAGGAAACACAUAUACUUACAUAAAUUAUUAUUCCAAAAAUGUCUAUGAAAAAUUUGAUACUUGCUUCCUAAAAGACGAAUUUAUUAAAAAUUUAAGCAGCUAUAAUAAUUUAUAUGUUAAUGCAAAAGUGUUUGUAGAAUUUUAUUUUAAUAAAAUUGUUGAAGUUUACAAAAAUAUAAGUAAAAAUAUAAACUCCUCUAUGAUCAUUUGCAGAAAUAAAAAGAGGGCUAUUACAUUAUUAAAUGCUGUUGGAUUUAUUUUAAAUAUAAAUUCAGUUAUUAUUAACAGAUCAUAUAAUUUAGAAAAUAUCCAAGAUAAAAUUAAUUAUUACAACAUAUUACGAUUUAAAAAAAAUAUUUUUAUUUUAAUUAAUAAUUCUAAUAAAUAUGAUGAUUACUUUUAUUCUCUUAUUUAUAAAAAAUUUCCACCUGUCUUAUUUGACAAAAAGGAGUUAUUCAAAAUGUAUACAAAAACAAACCUCAUUGGUAGCGAUAUUAUGUGGGAAAAUAUUAAACAAAUGAUGAAAAAUAAUACAUAUGUUUGCAUAGUUCACGAAAGAAGAUUUGAUAUGAGCAUCUCAAAUUUCCAAAAUUAUAAAAAAAUAUAUAGUGAUAUAAAUAUUAUGCAUUUAGACUGUUGGUAUAAAGAACAGUAUAUUCAAUAUUGUCACCUUUUUUUGAAAAAUUCAAAUGAUAAUCAUUUUAUUGAUAAUAUAUUAAAUAAUUUCAAAAAAAAAGUUAUUUUAAAUACUUUAGAAGAUGAUAUAGAUAAACAAACUAAACAAGUAGUACUUGAUAAAAAAGACAAAACAAAUGUCCAAGAACUAUUUACAAAUUUAGUAGAUCAAAUUAAAAAAAAACAAAAUAAAGAAAACAAACAAAUUAUUAAAAAUAUUCAAAAAGAAAAUGAUACACAAAUUGAUGAAAAUAAUUUAUUGGCUAAUCUAAAUGAAAAAGAAUCAGAAAAUAUUGAAGAAAAAACAAAUAUCACUGAAACAAAUUUAAUAGAAAAUUCACAAAAUCUAGGUAUUAGCCUACUAUAUAAUGAAAAUGGUGAAACAAAAGUUGAUACAAUAAUAAAAUCUCGAAACGGUGAAAUUAAAUCAGGAAUUGUUAAACCAAAGAAAAAUGUUAAGGGACAAAAUAAACCAAAUUCAAUACCAAAGACAAAACAAAAAACAUAUAAAAUGAAAGAUGAUAUAAAAAAUAAAAUUAUCACUGAAAAUCUAAUUAAAAAUAAAAAUGAGAAUAUCAAUCUAAAAGAUAAACUCAAAAUUAAAUUACACAGUAAAAUCAAAAAAUCUGUAGAAAAUAUUUCAAAUAUAAAAAAGAAAAUAUUAUUAGAAAAGGGAAUAAACCGAAAAAAUAAUGCCCCCAUAUCUAUAGACAGCAAAACUAUACCCUCAAAAGGAAAUCUCAAAGAAUAUGACACCAUAGAAAAUUUGAACAUUUCUAAAAAAGAAAAAAUUAAAUCAAAUGCAACUGUAAAUAAAAGUAUCAAUUUGUUUACACGCUUAAAAUCAAAGCUAAAAAUAAGUAAAAAAACAGACGAAAAAAAACUAACAAAAAAUAAAAUUAUUACAGAGUCAAAAAAUGAUAUCAUAAAAGAAAGUCAAACACAUGAUAAAAUAAAAAAUAUUGCAAAUAAUAAUAAUAAAAAAAAUAAAUUAAUAAAAAAUAAAAAACAAAGUGAUAUUAAUAAAGAACAUACAAAAAGAAAUAAUGAUAAGACAAAUAAAACUGAGAAUGUUUCACAAAACGAAACAAAAGAAUAUGAAAAUAAAACAGAAUUUAAAAAAAAUGCCAACUCAGAAAAUGAAAAAGAUAAAAUACAAAAAAUGAAAACCAAGCCAAAUCACGAAAUAAAAGAAAAGGAAGGAAUAUUACCUGACCAUAAAAUAAAUAACAUGGAUCUACACAACGAUAUUGAACAAAAUAAUGAUGUGUAUAAAAAUGAUAAAAGUGAAAAUGAUUUCGAAAUGAAUACAAAUUAUUAUAAUGAUCUAAAAAAUAUGAACACAAAAGCAAUAAAUGAAUUAAAUGCAAAUAAUAUAGAAAUACAUAAAUAUAACUUUUAUAAUAUUAUUGAAGAACAACUUGAAAACAUUGUUGACGUAUUUAUACAAGUAUAUUAUGAUCUAAAAGCCUUUUUAAAAAAUGAAAAAAAUCUAGAUUAUAUACGAAUUAACAAAUAUAACUUUGUAGAUUCACUAAUAAUGUUUUACAUAUUAAUUAAAAAUAAAUUAAAUUAUAAAAAUAAACAAUUGUAUAUGUUUAAAAUGGGCCUGAAAAAACUUCGAAAUAUAUUUAAAAAUUAUCAAGAAAUGAAUAUAGAAAUACAAACAAUAAAUAGCCAAAUAACUCAAAUGGAAUUAGAUCUUGAAAAAAUUAAUGAAGACAUAAAAAAUAAUUCAAAAUUCAUAAUAGACAGUGAACAAAAAUUUAAUGCAAACAAACAAAUUCUAAAUAUUAUCACAAAUGAUAUAGACGAACUUAUUGAAAAUAAAAAUGAAUCAGACAAACAAAUCGAAGAAGAAUAUAUUAAUAUAAUAUUCAAAAUACAAAAUGUACAAGAUAAUGAAAUAAAAAAUAUACUAAAAAUAAAUACACCAACUAUGACUGAUAUAUAUAUAUCUAUUAUGAUUAAUACAUUAAUAAGAAAUUCAUAUUUAAACGAUAAUAAUGAUAAUUGGAAUUAUUUUAAAGCAUUUAUAUCUAAAGACAAAUUCUCAGAAUUCUUUUUUAAUUUUAAAAAAGAAAAUGUAACAGAUAAACAAAUUAAAAGAAUAAAAGAAUAUAUGGCCAAAGAGGAAAUUGUCUAUAGUGUUACCAAAAUUAAUAAUCAAAAUAAUUUACUUACUCAUCUUUUUAAUUAUCUAAACUUUAUACUAAAAUAUAAAGAAUACUAUAAAAAUGUAUGUAUCAUUAAUCAAAACUUAGAUGACAAAAAAAUUAAGAAAGAACAAUAUGAUGUAGAGAAUCAAAAACUGUUAGAACAAAUGCAUGAUAUAAAAAUGACCAUAGUUAAUGAUAAAAAUAAAAUUAAUGAAAAAAAUGAAAUGAUCGAAGAUUUAAAAAAAAAAAUAUACAUAAUUAAUAAAUCAUAUCAACCUAUUUUAGAAAUUAAUACAUUCUUAGAAAAAAUAGAAAAAAAAUAUUGUUACACCAUUAAACAGAUUGAAAAUAAUUAUAAAUAUCUUGUAUCUGAAAUUUUAAUUUUUUCUUUUUUUUUAAAUUAUUCAUCCUCAUUUAAUUAUAAAUAUAGAUCUUUCUUACUAAAUAAAUGGAAACAAAUAAUUAAACAAAAUAAUAUACUAAUUAAAGAUAACAUCAAAAUAGAAACUAUAUAUUCUUGUGAUACAAUAGUUCCAUUAUUUCUUUCUGAAAAUUUCCCAAGACAUAUAUUUUAUAUUCAAAAUGCAUUAAUAUCUAUGAAUCAUUUUAGAUGGCCUUUAUUUCUAGAUCCUCAAAAUGUUGGAAUAGAUUGGAUAAAAAAAAGUUAUAGAAGCAAUUUAGUAGUUCAUAAUUUUGAUGAAAAUUUAAACAAACAUUUAGACAUGUGUAUAAUAUAUGGAAAAACAUUAAUUAUCUCCUUUUUUAAUUUUCAAAAUCUUUAUAUUUAUGAUAAAAAAAAUGAUGAAAAUUCAAAUUGUGAUUUAUGUGAGUCUGAAAAUUUUAAACAAUUAUCUUCCAAUAUUCUUUAUAAACAAAAUUUUCUUAAAUUUAAAUUGAAGAAUAAACAAAUUCUAAUAAACUCAAAUUAUAGUAUCAUCGAGCCUGUUAUAGAAAGGAAUGUUUACCUUAUGAAUGGGAAAUACUACAUAAAUAUAGGAAAGAAAAAGCUCGAAUACAACAAUCAGUUUCGCCUAUUCCUAGUGAGCGAUACUAAAGACAGAUUCUUUGAGGAUAUUGAAGAUUACACAAACAUCAUAGACUUUGAAAUAGAAAAGAAUCUAAUAGUAAACAAAAUAAUCAAUGUAAUAUUGAAACAUGAAGAUGAAAAAAAACUAAUAAAUUUUGAUACAAAAAUUAGAAACUAUUAUGAAACAAAACAAACAUUAAAAUUUUUAGAUGAUGGUAUGGUUAUUGAAAUGUGCACAUUCAACAGAAAAAUAAACAGUAAUAAUAAUAGUAAUAAUAAUUUAAUUAAUAUAAUAAAUAAUAAUAUCUUAAAAAAAAUAGAAAUAAAAAAAAUGAUGAAAGAAUAUAAAAAUGAAAUAAAUAAAAUAAAAGCAUCAUCAGAAAAUAUCAAAUUCUUAGGAUAUAGAUUUUAUACAAUAUAUAAAAUUUUACAAAAACAUUCAAAAAUCAAAUCUAUAUAUAAUUUCAAUUUUAAUUAUCUACUUAAUAUAUUAAAUAAUUUAAUAAAAAAUAUUAAUAAAAAAAUGCUAAUUUGUAAUUUUAAUCAAUUAAUUAAAAAAUUUACACAUGUCUCUUUCCUAUUCUUAUUAAAUACCAUUGACACUAAAGAUAAAUUAUAUUUCUGUUUUAUUUUUUACACAUCUCUUAUUUUUGAAGAAAUCAAAUUAGAAAAUCCUAACAAAUCUAUAGAAAUAGAAAUUAAAAAAUAUUACUCAUUAUUUUCAAAAAUAAAAAACAUUCAAAAUCAAACAAUAGAAUCCAAUUAUUUAGAUGAAAUAGAAUGGUUAAGUAUACGUAAAAAACAACAACUACUUUAUUUACAAAAAAAACUCAAAUUCUUUAGCUCAAUUAUACAAGAUAUGAAAAAUAAUACAACUAAAUAUUUCAAUUGGUAUAAAGAAAAAAAACCCGAAGAAAAUAUUUUUUUCUUAAAAUCUGAAAAAUUAGAUAAAGUAGAAAAUUCUGAACAUUCAGAUCAAACCGAACAACUCAAAAAACUAGAAGUCAUAAUGUUUAUUCAUGUAAUGAGAAAAGAUAGACUAUAUUAUUAUAUAUACUCAUUAAUAGCUAAUUAUUUAGAUAUACAAGAAAAUUUCACAUCAAACUUUAAUUUCUAUAGAGAUUUAAAUUAUAUUGACACAAAAACAUUUUUAUAUAUUAAUCAACCAAAUGAAAUACAUAAUAUUAACUUAUCAAAAUACAAUAACAUAAAAACUAUAAGUGUAGGAAAUAAUUUCAAUAAUUAUAUACAAAUACUAAUCGAAACUUCAAUGCAAAAUGGAAAAAAAUUAUUACUAGAAAAUAUUAACUUAAUAAAUUUUAAUAUUGAAAAAUUAUAUGAAAUAUAUAAUACUCAAAAAAUCCAUUCAAAUUUUCAAUUACAUCUAACUACAGACAAAUCAGCACCCAUAUCUGUGAUAAAUAAAUCCAUAAAAAUUUAUCCAUAUCAUAAUGAAAAUUUAAAAACUUUAUUAAACAAAAUUUUUAGUUAUGUUCAUAGUAUUUACAAAGAUAAAUUAAAAAAUAAUUUUAUAAAUUCUUUUCUAUUCUCUUUGUCAUUUUUUCAUACUAUAUUAAUGUGCCGAUCUAAUUAUCAAGAAUAUAGUUUUGAUCACUUCUAUAAAUUUGAUACUAAAGAUUUUCAAACUACAUUUGAUUCCAUUCUAUAUUAUUUUGAUUCUAUCCAAUUAAAUAAUCAUUAUGAAGACCCACAAAAUGAUACAUACAAUAAUUUUCAAACAAAUAUAAAAGUUAGCUCAUUACCAGAAGUGAAUCAAAUUAAUUGGGAUUUUGUCAAGAAAAUUAUUUUAAAUGUAUAUGGUAAUAAGGCUUCUUAUGUAGACAGAAAAAUAAUAAAGAGUUACGUUUUAGAAUACUUUAACGAAUACUCAUUUAAUGAACGGAAUGAAUUUAUUUAUUCUACUGAUGAUAAUUAUAAUUAUAAAUUUGUACUAAACAAAUCAAUCAAAGAAUAUAUAACAAUGAUUAAGAACUACCCACACUUCAAUACUUGUGAAGCAUAUGGAAUGAAAAUCGAAGCAGACAAAAAAAAACAUGAAAAAUUUAAUAACCAAAUGAUUAAAAAUAUAGAAAAAAUUAACAGUGAUCAUGUCUUAAUAUGUAAACCACAAAAUGGUAGUUGUAUAGACAUUUUCAAAAAAAGUGAAACAAAUAAUUCAGAAUAUUUUGACAAUAAUUAUGAUGAAGAUUGUAACAACAACAAUACCCAUCAAAAUGACACAUUUUUUAAUUUGGAAAGUGAUUACUGCUCAAGUUCUUUAAUAAAUACAGAUAUCGAAGAAGAUGAAAAGGGUGAAAAUGAACAAGUAAGAAACCCUGAUACUUUUAUAAACAAACAAAAUAACUAUAAAAAUAAAGAAUACAUAUACAAAAUUAUCAAUAAAAAUGAUACAAUAUCAAAUUACGAACAAAUUAUUAAAAACAAAAAUACAUUAAGUGAUAAUAAAAGUAUAGAUACAAAUUUAAAUUUCUUAAACAAUAUAAAAAAAAUUAAUAAAUUUUAUGAAUUAAUAAAAAAAUUAAAAUUAGUAUUUAAACAUAAUAUAGCUAUUAAUACAGAAUGGCGUACAAAAUGUAUAACACCAAUACAAGCUUGUUGUAUAAAUGAAACAACCAAUUUUAUAAAUAUAACUAAUGAUAUGUUUUCCGAUCUAAUCAAAAUUGAAAAACAACUAAAUAAAAAUAACACCAAACAAAAAGAAAUAAAUAGUAAGAUCAAAUUAAUUAUGGACGAAUUAUCCUCAAAUAAAAUGCCUAUCAAAUGGAAUAAUCUUUUUAAUCAAAAAUUUAAAAUAAUUGAUAAUUUUAUUAUAUAUUUUGAAAAUAUAAAAGAACAAUUAUAUUUUUGGAAUAUCACAGGAGAAUUGUCAUUUUAUAAUAUACAAUGCUUAUUUUAUCCUUCCAAUUUUUUUAAUGCUUUAUUAAUUAAGUAUAGUAUUAUUCAAAAAAAAAAAUUAGAAGACUGCGUAUUUAUUACAAAAAUAAAUAACAAUUAUGAAAUAAACAAAAAAAAUGAAAAUCUUAACUCUCAAAAACAAUUAUAUUAUAGCAGUGAUGAAGAAGAUACAUUAUUUUCAACACAAAUCAAUUAUGCUAAUUAUAUUAACUGUAAUAUAGAUAACUAUAUUCCAAUAGAUAUAUUUGGACUUUCUACAUUGAAGGACAAUUUUGAGUGCUUAGGAAUUAAGUCAAUGAACAACAAGAAAUAUGAUCAAGUUCCAAUAUUAAGUUUACACAUAAUUGAAAAAAAAGAAAAAAAUAUUUUAAUGGAUAAAAAAAUACCCCUUUAUCAAUAUAAAUAUAAUGGAAAACAAAAAAAUAAUACCAAUAAAUUUAUAACAAAUUUAUAUUUCAAAUCUGAAAAACAUAAAUCAUUUAUUUAUAUUAAUAAAAUUUAUUUAUUCAUAUAUAAUUAA